ACUCCCCAGAAAAAGGGUAAGAGGGACAAACCGUCCGUUCCGGUGUGAGCAUCACCAGCUUUGUUCCMGUGGAACGAUUUCUACCAUCGAACAAGCUCUUGGCGGCAAGUAGUUGUUGCAUUGUUUCGUUUGUUUAUUAAUUCCGUCUCUGUUCCUUUUUUCCCUCCCUGUCGUUGCACUCUGUAAGCAGGGCGUCGCACCGCAGAGCACAGAAACGAAACGAAACGCAAACCUCGGAACCAAUGACCGACACGGAUCGACGGGAACCACCGGCGUCCCGGCAAGGGAUGCCAGCCACGCCGCAGCCGGGCUCGCCGCGCGGAAGACGCCGACCACAGGCACCGGUGAAUCUGCUUCUCCUCGGCGUCGGCGUGCUGCUGCUUUCGCUGUGCGAUGGCUUCGUCCCCGCCCUCGGACGAACCGCACCCCGCGGGCCGUGGGGGGCACCACCGACCGAGGUUUCGAUGGUGAACGACUACGACCUCCGCGAUCCCGACAUGGUGGAACUGAUGAUGGGGGGCGUCCGGUACGAGAACGUUCCACUCCCGGACUCGAUGCUCGACACGACCCUCUUCGUGGGGAACCUCUGCGAGUUCGUCAGGGAUGAGGAUCUCUCCGAGAAGUUCCGCUCCGUCACCAACCUGCAGUCGCUCCCGGCCUGCGUGGCGCGGAGGCCCAACAGCCAGUCCCUGCGGUACGGCUUUGUGGCCUUUCCAACGGUGGAAGAAAAAGAGGUGCGUCCGGGUGCCUGGCCGAGACCGGUACACGACACGAUGGCAUGGCAUGGCAUGGCACGAUAGAACCCUGUUUUGCGCGAGAGGUGUGCACUGGACUUUUUUUUUUCUCACAUUUUUUUUCGCCCGAAUGAUUUCCGCCGCAUCGUGCCUCGUCUCCUUUCCGAUUGCAAACGCACCAAUGCAGGAAGCGAUCAUUCGCUUCCACGGGGUCGAGUUCCAGGGCCGACGGCUCAAGGUGGAGAACAUCCUGGACCAUCCCAGCAAGGGAAGGGUCAAUGUUCCCGAAAAACUGGUCACGUACGUUUUGGGGGCUGCCAAAAAGACGCCGCGGGGGAAGAACGACUUUAGCCUGAGAAAGACCUCCAACCCUUCCAAGAGCAAGCGGAGGCAUAACGGCGGCGGAAGGCACUCCGCGAACAGCAGCUACGGCAACGGAAAAAGCGGAAGCCACAACGGAAAAACCCAGGGUGGACGAAAAGGGGAUCGCAAACAAAAGCGAGCCAAUGUCAAGAAGAGGAGGAGGAGRGAGCGCGACCGAGAUUUUUUCUUCUGACAACCGUCCCUAGGUUCGCGCCGGGUGCCUACUUUUCAC